ACCUGUGUCUUGUUUGUCACUGCUGUGUUUAACCAUGUGGACUGCAGGGUUUAUUUUGGGGUUCUCCUUGUGUGUGCUGAUUCUGGAUGUGCAUGGCAUACCAACAAAAGGCUCCAAAUCUCAUGGCCAGAGCAGUAGUCACCCAGGUGAAGGAGGUGAUGUUGGUUCUCACCCGGGAUCAGUCGCUGGCCACUAUGCCCCCAUGUACAGUGCUUCUAGAGAUGUCUCCAGGGCAGGGCAAAUGGUUGGACCAGCUCAAGCAGCAUACCCAGUUGGUGCUGGUGCUGUUCCUCUGGUAUAUCUACCAGCAGGAUAUGAUGCUGGCUCUGCUCAGGCUGGAGGUCCUGGGUCCAGUCUACCAGAAACCAAGUGGACCGUUGCUCCUAAUAUCUUUGAGGAAGGCUUGGCCAAAACCCAGACCCUUGACUCCAGCAUGCUUCUCCCUCAAAACCCUGCACCAUCAGGACCAGUCCUCCAGUCUGGGGAGACAUCUAAUGCUAUGAAGGAAGCUGAACUUGGGAACUACCAGCGUGAAACAGAAAAAUUUGGCUACCCAGGUGCCAGCAUGGGGCCUGGACAAGGACUUCCUAGUUACCCUAUUCCUUACGUUGGUGGAGUCUUCAGGGGUAGCCGUUAUCUCUACCCAGCCUCUCCGUACUUUGACUACAGGCUCCUGUAUGGCUUGUACCCUCCUGGCACCUACACCACCUUCAGCAAGAACCAAGAGAAGGGCAAGGACUACUACCAGAGCAUCCACUAUCUGAAAGAGCAUGCUCCUGAAACUACCCCUCCUGGGCAGCAGAAGAAAAUCUUCCCACAGAGCGCAUGAAGUCUUACAAUGGGUCAAGAAAUUGUAUCUACAAGUAUUGUAAGCUGCAUAACCAUCACAUUGUGGUAUGAAAUAUUGCUCUAAUAAAAUCUUGCAAAAGCAA